AUGUCCGGGAUAGCGAUAUCAACAAGAGCUAACCGUCAGUUUCGAUCCAUUUUACAACACAAUUAUUUUAAACCUCUGUGUAUACUUAAGAAUGCCAAUCAAAAAAAGCUUUUUGACCAUAAAAGGGCAACCUUUACGUCCUGGAGUGCCCAAGAAGCCGCGAUACAAUUCUCGUUGACAAAACUCGGUCUUAUUGCUGUAGGCGUUCCUUUAGCUGUCUAUGUUUACAAGUGCACUAUGUUGGUUUUGUUUCAAAACAAACUCAUUUAUGUGCCAUAUCUCCCACCCGGAAGUCGUCAGGUACAAUUGGAUAACACGCUCGUAGAUCAACGGAUGUUAUGCAAAAAAGUUAACGUAUGGACGCAGGAUGGCUGCAAACUUGCCGGAAUAAUUGUCCGCGCUAAAAAAUCAAAAGAGUUUCAGGCGGGAUUGGAUGAAACGUCUUGGCGGGACAUUGAUGACAAUGAUCCAGUCAUGAUUUAUUUUCAAGGGAAUGCUGGUACCAUGCUUACUCGUCUGCCGGUGUUUGAGCGUCUUCUUCUGCAUCAGACUAAAUCCACUCCGAACUUGACUAUAGCUGGGAUAGGUUAUCGUGGAUACUGGUUGUCUACGGGUCAUCCGUUCGAAAAAGGUCUCCAACGCGAUGCUCUUGCUAUCUUUGACUUUGUACGACAACAGUUUCCGAAAAAUCCGUUAUACUUGUAUGGUCACUCGCUAGGUGGUGCUGUUAUGCUCUAUCUCGCUUCUCAUCCACAUGUACAACGAGAGGUAAAAGGCAUCAUACUCGAAAAUACGUUUACCUCCAUGCAAGACAUGGCAGCCACCCUGUAUCCUCAGAGCUGGUUGCCGUAUAAAUACUUGGCGCGUAGUCCUUACAUACUCCGAAGUCGAUGGGAGAGUGAGAAGAGGAUAAGGGCUGUAACUACGCCUAUUCUCUUCUUGUCUUCUGUUGAUGACGAAAUAAUACCACAGUCUCAAAUGAUGAGGUUACGAGACAAUGCAAUCAAUGCAAAGUUCACGACAUGGAUAGAAUUUCAUAAUGCUUUACACAUGAAUACGUACAUGCAGGAUGGAUAUUUGGAAGCCAUAAAACAAUUCAUUGAUAAGACAUUAUAA